UGUAACUUUGGGUGUAGUAACACAUUAAUUUCUUAUUCUUUCUAUCUCAUCAUCCCUCUAUUAGGCAACACUUCAAUUCAAAGUUUUUCUAGUUUCAGCAUCAGAUUGAUUCUGCAGAACAAACAAUGGCAGUGGCACUUACAGAAAAUCAGAUUGCUGAAUUCCAAGAAGCCUUUUGCCUCAUUGACAAGGACUCAGAUGGAUUCAUUACAGUGGAGGAAAUAGCAACCAUUAUCAGAUCAUUAGAGGGGAUUCCAACAAAAGAAGAAAUCCAAGAUAUGAUUAGCGAAGUGGAUAUUGAUGGGAAUGGGAGUAUAGAUUUUGAAGGGUUCUUGAAUAUUAUGGCUAGAAAAAUGAAGGAAAAUAUGGUUGAUGAGCUAAAGGAAGCAUUCAAAGUUUUUGAUAGAGAUCAAGAUGGAUACAUAUCAGCCACAGAGCUGAGAAACGUGAUGAUGAAUUUGGGAGAGAGGCUUUCAGAUGAAGAGGCAGAACAAAUGAUUAGAGAAGCAGAUUUGGAUGGGGAUGGUCAAGUUAGCUAUGAAGAAUUUGCUAGGAUGAUGACACUGAAUUGAUGCCAUUUUGUGACAAAAUUAUAAAAAUAGUGAUCUCAUUUGAAAUCCUUGGUAAAAUAAGAUGGCUCAAAAUAACAGUUCACGUAAAUACUUUUGUUUUUAAUUAAAAAGGGUAGGGGUCCGUUUACUUUAGGAGCAUGUGUAAAUUUUUUCUCCUAUGAGGUUAAAUCUGCAUUGACAGUUGCUUUUUUUUUCUUCCUGUUUGGGUUGGUUUGUAUUUAAAUCAAACAUGUUGUAAUAAAUAUUAUAGAAAGGUUGAUUUGUUAAUGUCUUGUUCAACCUUGAUAAC